UAUAUAACAAAUAAUUUGAGCCUCAGAACUACCAUCACAAUGGCAAUGAUCUGUUCUUUGAGUAACGAGGUACCGGAGGAACCGGUCAUUUCCCUCACCAGCAAACACAUCUUCGAGAAGAGAUUGCUGGAGAAGUAUAUCUCUGAGAAUGGCACUGAUCCCAUCAACGGGGAGCCGCUCUCUGACGAGCAGAUUGUACCGAUAAACACAUCACCAGUUCAGCGACCCAGACCUCCAACUGCCACCAGCAUUCCUGCCAUUCUUAAGAUACUGCAGGAUGAAUGGGACGCAUGUAUGCUGCACAGUUACACACUGCGACAACAGUUGCAGAUGACGCGCCAGGAGUUGAGUUACGCGCUCUAUCAACACGACGCUGCUUGUCGUGUUAUCGCCCGUCAGGAUAAGGAGGUGACUGCUGCCCGAGAAGCUUUGGCCACACUGAAACCACAAGCAGCGCUAGCUGCACAGCAACCUGCUGCACCAGCACCUGCACCUGUCCAUGUUGCUGCACCUGCAGAACCUGCUAGACCUGAACCAAUGGAGGUGGAGACCCAGCUUGUACCAAUUGGCUUGUCUGAUGAAGUGCUCCAGCAGCUGCAACAGACCCACGUUAAGCUCACGUCACUCCGUAAGAAGAGGGGUAAGGAGAUGCCAGAGGGCCUCCCCACUGCUCAGCAACUCAAACAUUACACUCAAACCUCCUCCCAUCCUGGCCUUCACAGUGCAAGUUUGCCGGGUAUAUUGUGUCUGGAUCUGCUUCCUAACACCAAGAGAACAGUAACUGGAGGAGCUGAUAGGAACAUUGUGGUAUUUGACAAGGAGAACGAGAAGAUCGUCUGUACUCUUAAAGGUCACACGAAGAAGGUUACAAACGUGGUGGCUCAUCCCAACGAGAAGACCAUCAUCUCCGCCUCUCCGGACAGCCAUGUCCGUAUCUGGGAUAUCGGAGAAGAGACCUGUAAACACACACUCCGGAUACACGAUGGUCCGGUAACCGGACUUUCUCUCCAUCCCACUGGGGAUUACAUGCUGAGUUGUUCUGCUGAUCAGCACUGGGGAUUUUCUGAUAUUGAACAUGGAAAACUGUUGUGUAAGGUAGCUGACCAAUCUGUAUCCCACGGUUUAACCUGCUGUCAGUUCCAUCCUGAUGGUCUUAUCUUCGGAACGGGAACCUCCGACUCUCUGGUUAAGAUCUGGGAUUUCAAGGAACAGAAGAGUGCUGCUAACUUCCCCGGUCACAGUGGUCCCAUAUCUGCUAUUGCUUUCUCUGAGAAUGGAUACUAUCUUGCUACUAGUGCUGAUGAUGAAGUUGUGAAACUAUGGGAUCUGAGGAAGUUGAGGAACUUCAAGACCAUCUCUUUGGACGAUAAGUACACAGUUCGAGGACUGACGUUUGAUAACAGUGGUCACUACUUGGCUGUAGCUGGACCUGAUGUCAGAGUUUAUCAGAUCAGCAAACAAUGCGAUCUUGUCGUGACAUGGGACGCUCACACCCAAGAUUCCACGGACGUUAGGUUUGGUCCGGACGUAAACUACGUGGCUAGUGUUUCCAACGACCGUACCCUCAAGUUCUACGCAGCUAAUUAGAUCAUUACCAGCUAAUUAGCAGAGGAUCUGAUUAAAUUAUGAUUAGAAUCUACGGCUUAUUUGUGUCGAUCAGCUGAUCGGUAUAUACGCGGGGGGUACCAAGUGCCGGACAUCACGUCGACUAAGUGUAGUUUUGGAUAUUUUUCACUAGACCCACCCACCCCCUUUGCGGUACUAACUGUUUUUUUGGAUAAUACGUAAGACACCCACCCCUUUUGCCGCCUUUUGCGGUACUAACUGUCGAAAAAUCGUGGUACUAACUGUUUUUUGGUAUAUAGAAUAAGAUACCCACCCAUAAAUUGCUUUAAACAGCUCAUUAAACAUUGGAAAUGGGAAAAUUAUACCCACUAUUUAGUAGGGGUUUUGUUUUCAAUGUAGUCGAAUUAGAUAAAAAGUUACACACAAAAUUUUAAAAUUACAAAAAACCCAAAAAAAAACUCAAAAAAACCUCAAAACCCAUUCCCAAAAUUGAAAUUCGAGGUAAAAUGGUUUUUUUUUGGGGUUGGACACCCAAAAAAUGAACCCCUUAGUACCAUGUACUAACUGUUUUUCUGGAAAAUGGGCAGUAGACCCACCAGUUAGUACCAUGUACUAACUGUUUUUCUGGAAAAUGGGCAGUAGACCCACCAGUUAGUACCAUGUACUAACUGUGUUUUUGGGAGAAAAAAUGAC